AUGGCUAUUAAUGAGUCUAUUUUGAAGGGCAAAUACCCCGCCAAAGCUCAUGCCCAGAAGGUCGCGACGUAUAUCAAGAGCAAGGGAGGGGAGUCUAAUGGUGUUAUCUACCUGGAAGCACAGAGGACGAGGAUGAAUGAGGACAAUGAUCAAGCAGCACCCUUCCGUCAACGUCGUUACUUCUUCUACCUUACAGGAUGUGACCUACCUGAUUGCCAUCUCACAUAUGACAUGGCAACAGACAAGUCGACGCUGUUUAUUCCCCCGGUUGAUCCAGACGAGGUGACUUGGUCAGGACUUCCACUGAGCCCUGAGCAGGCAUUGGAAAAAUACGAUGUCGACGAAUGCCUCACUACCCAACAGGUCAUGGAGAAGCUCGCAUCUCUCAAAGGCACCGCUUACGCCAUCGAAAACCAGGUCUCCGACAAUGUCUCAUUCAUAUCCUCCUCAAGCAGCAACUUCACAGACCUCAAGUCUGCCAUCGAGGAAUGUCGCGUGACCAAAGACGCCUACGAGAUCGCCCUCAUGCGCCACGCCAACGAGGUCUCCACAGCCGCUCACACAGGAGUCUUCCGCGCCGCCAAAACUGCCAAAAACGAGCAAGAACUCGAGGCCCUCUUCAUCGCCUCCUGCAUCUCCCGCGGCUGCAAGAAGCUCGCAUACGAGCCCAUCGUCGCCGCCGGCACCGCCGCCGCAACCCUCCACUACAUCGCAAACGACCAGCCCCUCGACGGCAAGCUCAACAUCCUCCUCGACGCCGGCGCAGAAAAGGACACCUACGCCUCCGACAUCACCCGCACCUUCCCCAUCAACGGCAAAUUCACCCCCGAGAGCCGCAACAUCUACGCCAUCGUGCUCAAGAUGCAAAAGGACAGCAUCGCCCUGAUCAAGGCCGGCAUGCGCUGGGACGACGUGCACUCCAACGCCCACAGAGUCCUCAUCCAAGGCCUCCUCGACAUCGGCAUCCUGCGCAACGGCUCCGUCGACGACAUCUUCGCGGCCCGCACCUCUACGGCCUUCAUGCCGCAUGGCCUCGGCCACUACCUCGGCAUGGACACGCACGACACCGGCGGCCAUCCAGACUACGCCGACAAAGACCCCAUGUUCAGAUAUCUGCGCAUCCGGGGCACCGUGCCCGCGGGCGCCGUCGUGACGGUCGAGCCCGGCUGCUAUUUCUUCAGGUAUAUCGUCGAGCCGUAUGUCAGGGACCCGGUGCACGGCAAGUAUAUCGACGCGGCGGUGCUGGACAGGUACUGGGAUGUUGGCGGUGUAAGGAUCGAGGAUGACGUGCUUGUCACGGAGAGCGGGCAUGAUAAUCUCACGUCGACGCCAAAGGAGAUUGAGGAGAUUGAGAGGAUUAUUCAGGAUGCGUAGAGGCUGGUGCUGCGGUUUUGGUGAGGUCGUGGGAGGGGGGUUCUGGGGAUGAGUUGUUCAUGGAUGAGUCUUGUAGCAGUACUUCAUUUCAGUAGUCUUGGAGCUGAAUACCACAAAUUGCACAACCAUGAAGGGUCGAUCGCAACGUUUCGGAAACCUCCAUGAAUAAAUACAACCAUCUAGGGCUU